UACAGGAAAGCCCUGAACGAUGCAGUUCAAAAUCCUUCAUACGAUAAUUCUAUCUUUCUUAACUGCCUUGAUUCUCAGCAGCUUCGUUUCCGCUAUUUCGCCUGGGCAGUUCGUUCAAGAGGUCCUUUCUAAUCGACAUGCCUCACUUAGCAGAUAUGUAUCGACCACUGUCGCGCCGACCUUGGAAGACGUGUGGCGCAAGAUCGUUGAACAGAGCCAAAAGGCAUUCGCAGUUUCCAAAGUCCUUUUAGAGGAGGGGAAAAAGGAAUUCAAGGACGUCUCCCUCCAGAUUGACGAGUUCAAAUCCCACAUGGAAGAAUUCAUCGAGUUUUCCAGGACUUUCCGUCUGGAAAUACAAGAUGCGCUGAGGAAGGAAGGCUUCACUGAAGACGGAUGGUCGGAUGCCCUAUCUCGCGAGAUGGAGAAGGUUGUCGAGGCCAUCAUGAAAGAGUUCGAGGACCCCUUACCUGAAGACCAGGACGAAAGGUAUCGCCAAAGGGAGAAGAUGAUUUCGUUUGCCCUUGAUGAAAUCGAGAAGGGAUUCAUCAGGGCUUGUGCGUUGCUCAAGAUCCCUGAACCCGAAGCGCGGGCCAAGUUUGCUUUCAUCCGCCCCAGGCUCCAGCAUUAUUUUAUGAUUGCGGGAAAUAUAAUCGAGCGCCAUCCCCAACUCUUCAAGACGCUCGUAAUCUCUGCUGUCUGCAUGCUCGUGGUAGAGCCUCUCAUCUUCAUCCCGGUUCUCCGUGUAUUUGGAUUCGGGGUCCUCGGCCCCGUGAAAGGGUCUGCAGCAGCUUGGUUACAGCGCAAGUUUUGGCGAGGGGCCGUAGAAAGCGGCAGUUGGUUUGCUGUGCUUCAGCGUGCUGGCAUGAAGCUGACGGCGGGAUGGGGCUGGAAAGUCAUAGUAGGCAUUGGGGCAGGAAUCGGGGUUAUUGGUGGAGGACGUGGCUGUCGUUAA